CCCGACGUCUUUCUGGAUAGCCAACCCAACCCCAUGAAAAAGAAAACUACCUACUUUGCUAUUUGCAUCAUAACUAGCAAAGCAGUUCUUCAAUCUCAACAAUAAGGAAAUCAUAUCAUCUCCAAGUUCUCCACUUUGCUAAUAAUAAUAAUAAUAAUCUUUCUCUGUCCACCAGAAAUUUUUUCUUCUCGUUUUCUCAGACCACCAAAAAAAAUUUCCUCAGUGUUUGUUGAUACAGCAUUAGUCUUGUUGUAAUUCGAUUUGGAACAUAAUUAGUCUUGUUCUCAUUCGAUUUUGGGUUUUCCGAAUUGUUUCUCCUUUCUCAUUCUUUUUCCCUCUGGAAAUUUUGAGUUUUCUUUGUACCAGUUGGGGUUUCUUUAGAGUGGUUGUAGAACCAGUUUUGCGGUGUGAUUUGAUUCAGUUUUCAAGACUUAGGUUUUCAUCUGUGAUCGGAUUGAAGUUACAGUUUUCACGGUGUCAACAAUCGAAAUUAGGGUUUCGUGAUUGGGGAUUUGUGCGUGUUUUAAUUACAGUUUGUUGUGAUUGGGAAUUUCCUUCGUGUGUUCGAAUUAUCAGUGUUGGGGAAGAGGUUUUUUAGCAAUUGCGUGCAGGGUAGAGGGUCUCUUCCAUUCUCCAUCUCCAUCUCUGAGAAGCAGACGUAGGAAUUGUUUUUAGAGGGUUGCUGUAAUUCGUUUGUGCUGGUUUUAACUGGGCUUUAACAAGAAGCUUCUCCAAAAUUGCAGUUGCGAUUUUUAUCUUUGUGUUGAGACUGAUGUGUGUUUGUUGUAUCUGAAUUGGAACAUCUGUUUUAAGGGUUCUUCAUUUGGCUUUAGCUGGAGGUAAAUUUAUUUUGUUUUUCUCCAAUUCUGUAUUAACUCUCAAUACUCAGUGGUGCUCAGGGAGUAGUUUCUGCUUAUGUUAUGUGAUUUUUAGUUUGUUUUGAGCUUGUGCUUGUCCUGUGAUUGAUCAGUGGUGUAGGAAUUACAAAAUUAGGACUGCUGUAGGUAGUUGAAGGUGAUUUUGGGGGUGGUUCUUGUGUUUUGGUUUUUGGGGAGAAGCUCUCAAUCCUCACUGUGGCAAGGAAUUUGGUGAUUUUUCAGUGAACAACUUUGAAGAUAUGGGUUGUGGUGUUUUGAUUUGUUCUUAAUUAGUGUUUUAUGAAUGGUAUUUUAAGUUUUCAGUUGGAAUUUCUCCUAAUUUGAAAUCUUAAUCUUCCAUUCCUUAAAUUCUAAGUGUUCUUCAGCAAGUUUAGUACAAAGGGAACAGUUAGUGUUGUUAUCAUGCCAAGAACCAGAUCAUCAUCUAGAAGACCAUCAUCGUCGUCUGAUGUUUGUGCUGAGUCUCUUGCCACACUAGGGUGUUUAUCGUCUUCUUCUACAGGUGAGGGUGUUUCAGUGUCCCCUCAGACAAACUCAACUUCAAACUCUCAAGAGCAUAUACCUUUUAUUGAUAACUCAGUAGAUGAUGUUUCUUCGUUUCACUGCCCAUACAAACAUUUCGAAGGUUUUCAUAAUGGUGUAGAUGGCACAGGGUAUGCAAAGAGCUCCAUCUUCAGGCACAUAAAAGAUAUGCAAUUUCAUGUUGCAGAUGGUUUAUCCAUUUGUAAAGAACGGAUAAGUAUAGAAUACAGUAUUUUUAUAGCUUGAGAAAAACUGCUCAGGAAGAUGAAAAUGUUGUUAUGUUUUCCCUGUAUGCAGUGGUAUGCAUGGAGUAGACCAUGCGUGUUCAACCUGGAGGUAUAUUAGCUGGUCCUUUUAAUGGCAGUGGUGCAAAGUUUUUGAUACAUGGGGUCCGAAAACCUAUGAUGCUUAAUCCUUCUCCUUAUGCUACUUCUACCAGUAAUGAAGAGGACUUUGGGGGUCUCAAUAUCAGCAUGCUUAAUCUGAUUUUUCAGAAACAAAUCACUACAAUCUCAAGCAUCCCACCUCAAUAUCGCCUUCACUUUUCUAGAACUUUAAAAACAUCUUUGGAUAAGGUGCUCGUCAACCCCUGUGAUCUCAAGUCAUGGUUACAACUACUGCUACUACCUAUUUUCACUCUCAAUUUAUAUUUUCCAAAAACCUCAAGGGAAGAGAGAUCAGGCAACAGAAAAAGGCUACAAACAACAGCCAUUAAUAAAGCUUUGAACACAUGGAGGGAACCAAAUGGAUGUAGUAUUCUAAUUCAGAAGUUAUUGGAGGCUCAAAUAGAAGCUCAAAGAAGCAGGGAACAACGCACUAGAAAGAAACCAAAGACCAAUGUGGAGGCUUGUAGAAAGAAAUUAAGAUUUGGGAAAUAUACAUCAUCCAUCAUAAUUUUAUCCUCUAAUGGUGUAGCGCUUCAUAAUGAAGAUACUCUUCAUGAAUUACAACAGAAGCACCCAUACGCUCCCCCUCCUAUCAUACCUCCAGACAACAUAGAGUGCUCACCAGUUUCUGUUGAUAGCAAAGCUGUCUUUGCUGCUAUUAAAGGUUUUCCAAAAGGCACCUCUUGUGGCAGGGAUGGACUUAGAGCCCAACACUUGCUUGACGCUUUAAGUGGAUCUGCAGCUGCUGUUUCUGAAGAGCUUCUUACUUCCAUUGCAGGUGUUGUGAACUUGUGGCUUUCUGGUAGGUGUCCAACUGCUCUUGGAGAAUACAUUGUCAGUGCACCACUCACCCCAUUGCUCAAACCUGAUGGUGGUCUAAGACCUAUAGCAGUCGGUACAGUCUGGAGACGUUUAUGCUCUAAAUUAGCUGCAAGUUUUGUGUGCAAGGAGAUGGAAAGUUAUCUGGGUAACCACCAGUUUGGUGUUGGAAUAUCAUGUGGUGGGGAAAGUAUAUUGCACGCUGCCAGGGGAUGGUGCUGGAUUUGGUCCACUUCAGCAACGAAUAACAACUUUGCCUAUUAAGGAUGGUGGUUUAGGUGUAUAUAUAAUGGAGGAUACAGGUCAGUUUGGGUACCUGGCUUCAUGCAUCAAGACACAAAGCAUACAUGAUAUCAUUUUGAGGUAUGUUGACACGACUACACCCAGCCCCAACUUCCAGUUUGCUCUCGAUAAGUACGUGCAGGUAUGUGGUCUUACUCCUACUUUUACCAUCAAUAACACUGCCCCUCACCCCAUGAAAACCUUGGCAGCUCGUUAUUUCGAUGUUAUUAAGAGAGAGUUACCCACCAAAUUUACAAUGUCAGAAAGGGAUGCAGUCUUAUGGCAAAGUAACAAGUUGAAACAUGCUAUGGAUUAUCUGAAAGCAGUUCCUAUUGCUGGUCUGAAUCAUACUAUUGGUCCGAGACACUUUCGUGUCAUCACUCGAUAAAGAUUGGGUAUACCUCUGUUUCCUGUAGACAUCAUUUGCACACUUUAUAAGCGAGAUAUGGACGUUUACGGUGACCACGCUAUCCACUGCGCAAGUGAAGUUGGGCCUAAAUUCCGUCAUGAUUUGGUUUGUGAUGUAGUGAUGGACAUUUUCUUUAAGGACGGAGUCGCUGCAAGAAAGGAAGUACCAAUGGCCUUCUUGUCCGACACGAAUGCACCUUUAAGACCCCCUGAUCUACUUGUCUUCAAUUGGGAGAAUGGCAGGGACGUGUGCUUUGAUGUCACGGGUGUCUCACCUUGUACAGGAGGAGGGAUUCGUAGAUUUACACCAGGUAAUGCUCUUUCCGCAGCUACUACCCGCAAAUGUAAUAAAUACUUAGAGAAAUUAUUAUUAUAAUUUUAAUUAUUAUUAUAGAAAAGAGUAAAAUACAAAGUCAGUUUUUACAUCGAGUCCC